GCCCGUCUGUGUUCAGCGUGUGAUGGCCGACCACAUGUUCCUGCUGCUGUGUGUCUGCUGAGUGUGUGUGUGUGUGUGUGUGUGUGUGUGUGUGUGUGUGUGCGUGCUGCUGUGGGUGGGUGGGUGUGUUCGCUGUGUCUUUGGUGUGUGUUCGGUGUGUGUGAUGGGGAACGCAGAGAGCAUGGAAAGCCAGCUGGCGGUGAUCCGGUCCAGAGCCGCCCCGGUUCGACUCCCGAUGCCCGACCCGGCUGAGCUGGAGGAGAGGUUCUCCAUCGCAUUGAAUUCGAUGAACCUGCCUCCUGAUAAGGUGCGACUGCUGCGUUCCUAUGACAAUGAGAAGAAGUGGGAGCUUAUCUGUGACCAGGAGAGGUUUCAGGUGAAGAACCCUCCACACACCUACAUCCAGAAACUGAGAGGUUUCCUGGACCCGGCCGUCACGCGCAAGAAGUUCAGAAGAAGAGUUCAGGAGUCAACCCAGAUGCUCAGAGAACUCGAGAUUUCUCUUCGCACAAACCACAUCGGGUGGGUCAGGGAGUUUCUGAAUGAGGAGAAUCGCGGGCUGGAUGUUCUGGUUGAGUAUCUGUCCUUCGCUCAGUACGCCGUCACGUUUGACGGUGAGCAGUCGGAGGCCGGAGGUGAGGUCUCGUCCAUAGACUCUCCCUGGAGUCGGUCCAUAGAGGAUCUCCAUGGUGACUGCAGCCUCCCGUCCCCGUCCUCCUCUGCACCGCGAGCAGCUCGUCACUCCAUCAGUUCAACUCUGGUGACUCGAUCCAACACUCUGCCUAGUCGUCGAACUCUGAAGAACUCGCGACUCGUCUGUAAGAAAGACGACGUUCACGUCUGCGUCAUGUGUCUAAGAGCGAUCAUGAACUACCAGUAUGGAUUCAACAUGGUGAUGUCCCAUCCUCACGCUGUCAAUGAAAUCGCCCUCAGCCUGAACAACAGGAACCCCAGGACGAAGGCUCUGGUGUUGGAGUUAUUGGCAGCGGUGUGUUUGGUCAGAGGAGGACAUGAGAUCAUCCUGUCGGCCUUCGACAACUUCAAAACUGUGUGUUCAGAGACGAUGCGUUUUGAGAAGCUGAUGGAACAUUUUAAGAACGAAGACGACAACAUCGACUUUUUGGUGGCCUGUAUGCAGUUCAUUAACAUCGUGGUUCACUCGGUAGAGGACAUGAACUUCAGAGUCCACCUGCAGUAUGACUUCACUAAACUCAACCUGGACGAGCACCUGGAGAGGCUGAAGCACACAGAGAGCGACAGGCUUCAGGUCCAGAUUCAGGCCUACCUCGACAACGUGUUUGACGUCGGGACGCUGCUGGAGGAUGCUGAGACCAAAACUGCUGCUCUGGAACGAGUGGAGGAGCUGGAGGAGAGCCUGGGCACGGUAAGAAAGACAGGUGGAGAGAGAGACAGGUGGAGAGACACAUAAACCAGGAGAAAGAAGAACCAAACCUACUGCUCUGGAACGCGUUUAGGAUCUGGAGGAGAGCCUGGACACGGUAAGACAGACAGGUGGAGAGACAGACAGGUGUACUGACUUGUCUUUCUCUGUCCUCAGAUGUCAGAGCGGCUUCUGGAUGUGGAGAACGAAGCGAUGCUGAAGAUCGUCGAACUGGAGAAGCAGCUGAUGCAAACCAACAAGGAACUAGACCACAUCCGGGAUGUGUACGCAAGCACUAACUCUCAGGUGCACACCUUGCGGCGGAU